AUGGCCCAGCUGAUGGCCCGGCCGGAGCGCGAGAUUGCGGUGGUGACUCAUUCGUCCUUCGUGCACUACUGCCUCACAAAUUAUGGGCACGAGGCCAGCACGGCCGUCCAAGGCGACCUCCACAGGCGCGCGCCUGCCGCCCUGCUAUCGCGAACUGGGGAUGGGCGGGUGCAGGCGCGGUGGUAUGAGAACGCCGAGCUGCGGUCUGUGGUGGUGACUGACCCUGGCUCCCUGGCCCACCCAGCAGACCCCACACACUUCCUGGGCUUUGCGAGCCAGGUGGCAGAGGGGCCCGAGGCCUAG